AUGACAGCCAAAUUUUAUUUUAUUCUACUGUGUGAAUGUGCCAUAGUUUAUUUAAGCACUUUCUUAUUUGGGUUGUUUCAAUUUGCUAUUAAAAAUAAUACUGGCUCUUUCUGUGCAGAUAGCAGGCCCACAAACAAGGUGAAUGUCCCUAAAACCCACUGGACAUCCUGUAAGAAGUGUGGCAAGCACCAGCCUCAUAAAAUGACAGAGUGCAAAAAGGGCAAAGAUUCUCUGUCUGCUCAGGGACAGCGGCAUUAUGACAGGAAGCAGAGUGGCUAUCGUGGACAGACUAAGCCUAUUUUCCAAAAAAAGGUAAAAACUACAAAGAAGAUUGUGCUGAAGCUUGAAUGUGUUGAGCCCAACUGCAGAUCUAAGAGAAUGCUGGCUAUCAAGAGAUGGAAGCAUUUUGAACUGGGAGGAGAUAAAAAGAGAAAGGGUCAAGUGAUCCAGUUCUAA